GUUGGAGAACUCCAGUGAAAGUUGCUUCUGCUGUACCUGACCAAAACAAAAUUUUUGCAUUUUGUAUGAAUCCCAAUCUCAAGGAAUCAAGUGAUCCUUCUGCAAGGUGGAGAGAAGAAAAAGCAAGGGACUAUUUCUACAAGUCAAGUACUCAGAAAGCUUAUGAAGAAGUUCCUUGGGAUAAUAUAUUAACUGCCAAAAUCCAUCCUCCAGAACCAACAGUGGAAGUGUUGGCUGAUCCUGUUUCCCAGCAUUUCACAAAAAGGAGAUACAAUCCUGAACCUGAAAUAAGCCAAGUUGUUGGAGGCAUCUGGGACAGAUUUCAAACAAGACCUUUUACCGCUCCACAGAGACCUGUUGUUUUUGUAAGCCGAAGCUCUCGAACCUGUCAUAUCCCUUUGUAUACAUAAGUACAAUGUCCCUGUAACUGUGUUGGUGCAGUAAAUUUCGAAGACAUUGACAAUCCUGAUGGAGAAUUAAUCCACAACCACGUGCAAACUUCUAAGCCUCGCUACACAAGCACUGCACACACUCCAAAUAUCCCUGGAUACACUGGCAAGCUUCAUUGGUCAGCAACCCAUCCAGCAAAUUCUAAUCUUCCAUCAACGGCCCUGUCAGUAAUUGCACGAAUGCAUGGAUACACAACGAAACACAGAAGCUCAUCUCAGUAUAAUCACCAGGAAGCUUUUUCUCAAAUGGUGACUCUACUUAGUCCUCAGAAUUCUUUCAAGAAGAGAGAACAAGAAACUGUUAGAGUCUAG